AUGGUGAAUCUGGAUUCUGUGCACACGGCUCAUGAUUGGUGCACACCAUCCCAUGAGUGCUCGGAGCGCUCCCUGCGGCGGCCAGCCCCUGUCACUGGCCACUCACAGAAAUUACCAGCUGUCCCUGAAGAAGGUUCUGACCCCAGGCGUGGUGGCAGCUGUCACUUUAAGGCACUCAGGAUGAGUGGCAAUGUGGCAGACUCCACAGAAGCGCAGAAUGAACACGACCAAGUGGAACCAGGAAAUGAACGAAAUGGGCUGGACUUUAACAGACAGAUUAAAACAGAAGACCUCGGUGAUUCCUUGCAAUCUCCGGUACAGCCUAGAUCAGGCCACCUAGGACAAGGAUCAUCAAUGAUGCCUGGAAGCCAAAUCACCGGGGAUAUGAGUUCUCUUCACACGCUGCAGCAGCUUGUACUGGUGCCCGGUCCUAUGCAAUCAGUUCCUCAGUUCCUGCUCUCUCAGGCCCAGGCUGGGCAACAAGCUUUGCAACCAAACAUUCUCUCCUUUCCCCAGCAACAGAGCAGCCUCAUCCUCUCGCAGCCUGGACCCAGCCUAGCAUCACAGGCAGUGGGACGAUCAGGGCUCCCUGGGCCGUCUUUAGAGCCACAGCACUUGCAAGUUUCAAAACACAUGCCGUCUUCAGCCGUAUCAGACGAACCCAGUGACCUGGAGGAGCUGGAGAAGUUUGCUAAGACUUUCAAACAGAGGCGAAUCAAACUAGGGUUCACCCAGGGUGACGUUGGACUGGCCAUGGGUAAGCUGUACGGCAACGAUUUCAGCCAGACCACCAUUUCCCGCUUCGAGGCUCUCAAUCUGAGCUUUAAAAACAUGUGCAAGCUCAAGCCCCUGCUGGAGAAGUGGCUGAGUGAUGCAGAAUCCACUCCUUUGGACUCCUCCGUGAGUACCCCUAAUUCCUACCCUUCAGUGAGCGAGAUGUUCGGGCGGAAGAGAAAGAAACGCACCAGUAUUGAGACCAACAUUCGUUCCACGCUGGAGAAGAGAUUUCAAGAUAACCCCAAGCCCAGCUCGGAAGAGAUCUCCAUGAUAGCAGAGCAGCUCUCCAUGGAAAAGGAAGUGGUUCGGGUUUGGUUCUGUAACCGGCGCCAGAAGGAGAAGCGGAUCAGCUGUCCAGUGCCAUCCCCCAUAAAAUCACCUAUCUACAACUCCAGACUGGUCUCUACCUCAGGGUCCCUGGGCCCCCUCUCAGUGAAUCCGAUGCACAGCACCAUGCCUGGGACAGUAACAUCAUCUUGUUCCCCUGGGAACACCAGCAGGCCCUCGUCCCCCAGUACAGGGCUCCAUGCCAGCAGCCCCAGUGCAUCCCAGAGCAACUCUAAAGCCACAAUGAACUCGUCCAACUUCAAUCCUUCUGGAUCUUGGUACCGAUGGAAUCAACCCUCUUAUCUCCAUUGAGGCUGCUGCUCCAUCAUGCACAAAGGGAGCCCUGAUUUCUAGCCAUGGACCAACUUCUGGGGCAAAGUUUGGAGUGAGGGUGCCUUCAAAGUGCAGCAGAAGGAAGGUCUUGCUUAUGGGAGCCCAGCACAGCUGGACUGUUUAGAGACUCGGGCUGUAACUGAACCUCCCACAGGAGAUUCUCAACUCCAGCAGUGAAAUUUAACACUCCUCCAGGUGUUAACCAGAAUAAUCCCCCACUUAGCCACAGCAGCACCAAACACUGUCCAAUGCGUGUGGAUCUCUGCGAUGCUCUGCCUUGCCUGGCAAGAGCCAGUCUGGAAGGAUUUCCAUAUCACACUCCUCCUUCUCCUAGCUCAUUUCAGAGCUUGCCGUGAGAAGGGUCUGCAGUGCCGUCUCUGACCACACCCACAUCCCAGAAACCCCGGAACUGAACCCAGGUGACCACGUUCAUUUCACCAAAGACCUGCAUCUAGAUGUGAGCUUUGGUACCCUGUCGACUUCCCAGGUUAAUGUCAUUGUACUUUAUUCCCCACUCAACGGUUCUCCCCUU